AGAUCAAGAGGAAAGAAGUGUGGGAGAUGCUGCUGCUGAAGCAACUCGGGGUCCGAGGCUGCACCACUCUGGAAGCACCAACCAUCAGAGCAGCUCUCUCCUCCCCAUCCUCCCUAGUGAGGACAUGCACCACCGUCCACAGACCUAGCCUCGUCGCCCCCAGCAGGCAACCGUUCUCAAGGCCCAGUACGUCAUCCUCUUGCCUUUUACACCCGUCCCGGCGCCUCUCCGUCAGCUCCAGCGCUCGCCAGGCUCCCAACUCUCCUCCCCACACUCCCCACCGACACCACAAGGACCUCUACUCCGUGCUGGACGUGUCUCCGAAGGCCACACAGCAGGAGAUCAAGGACCAGUUCUACAAACUCUCCAUGCUCUACCACCCCGACAGAAACCGCGGCUCCAUGAGUGCCCACGCCCGCUUCUCCGACAUCACAGAGGCCUACUCGGUACUCGGUCAACACUCGCUACGACGUAAAUACGACAGGGGCCUCUUGCAAGAUUACCCGCGGCGUCCACACCACGACACCCACCAUCACAGAGACAGCGAACGUAAUUUUGACCCGGCAGCCAUGUCUGGGAGUGGCCCGAAAAAGAUCUACGAUUUCGACGAGUUCUACCGGAUGCACUACGGAGAGGCACUGAAGUGGCAGAGGGAGAGGAAGGCAAGCCAGAAGGCCAUGGCGACCGAGCAAGAGAGACUGGCAACGCUCUCGGAGCCGAUGCACAGACUUCUCCUCAUUUCAGUGGUCCUGUCCGUGUUCUUUGUGGGGUGGGUGGGGGCAAAGUAUAGAGAUCAGCAGGAGAAAGAGGGAAAGUGGAUAUAA